CAGUCCUACCAUUUGCUCCUAGUACUUUAAAGUAGGAUAGAGCGAGAUUGAAAACGACCGUCUCUGACAGCUAUGGUGGCAUUAUCUGGUGUAUCUCGUCGAAAGCGGCUCGCGUUAUUGUGCACCGCAGGGUUUCUGAUCUCCCUCGUGCUGAGCUAUCUGUUCGCCAUUCGCUACAUUGAAAACCAACGGCGUGCAGAGAAAGAGGCACUGCACGAACGUGUGAUUGAGCAGUUUAGUCAUGUUCCGACUGCCCAGUGCGCCAUGCUCCGUUCCAAUGCAUCGGAGAAUGCACAUCCUGACGCUGGCAACGCGCAAGCGGCGCCGCUCGUUCCCGGCACAGAUCAACUUCGACCCGGCAAUCGUUUGCUCACCUAUAACGCUGCGUGUCCUGUGCCAAAACACACGCUGAACAUUGGACUCGUUGUCACUGUCACUGGCCGCUACAUGCAGUUCUUCAAGCGCUUUUCGACCUCUGCCGGCAGCUUUUUCUUCCCGAAUCACAACGUGACCAUCUUUGUCUUCACGGAUCAGCCCCUUCCCCCACUAGAUUGGGGCGAAAUCUCGCCGACCGUCAAGGCCAUCCCAAAGACCCGGUUGCCCUGGCCGUACGACUCGCUCAUGCGAUUUGGCACGCUUCUCCAGCACGCCAAAGAGUUUGAAGGCAUGGACUACCUUUACGCCCUCGAUGUCGACUUUGCCUUUAAUACGUACGUCUGCGAGGACUUUCUCGCAGACCUCGUCGGUGUUCAGAAUGGCUACCACCCUGGCACAAAAGGCACGCCAGACCACAAUCCAGCGUCGACUGCGUUCAUCGCGCCAGGGACGAACACGCACUACUAUGCGGGCGGCGUCUAUGGCGGCAAGCAUGGGCGCGUCUUCCAGGUGGCCGAGGCUGUGCACAGCAACAUCAUGACCGACAUGCGCAAUCGCGUGAUGGCACUGUGGCACGACGAAAGCCAUCUCAAUCGGUACUUUGUCGACCACCCGCCAUCCAUCACGCUGAGCGCAGAGUACUGCUACAUGCCAUACACCAAGUGGGUGCCGCUUGUGCACUCUUACGCCGAGCUCGGAGUGGUUGUGCCGCGCAUUGUGCACUACGAGUAUCUGAAGGCGGAUCUUCGCGAGGAGUAUGUGUGAUAGCCGUCGAGACUCGGAGUGUGUGUUCGAUUUCAUUGUUGUUGCUGUCGUUGCUUUUGCUUAGUUUCGAUUGUGAGAUGGUUGUUCAUACUGUAGCUUGUUGUUUUUUGUUCUGUAGCGUGUCGUUUUUGUUUCAUGAUUACAUUCAGUGCAAUUCCACA